ACAAGGAACAGGUCUCUCGCAACGAAGUCUUCGUUCUCAACGGGCGGACGCGAAUACCUUGACCAAUUCUAGCUGCCCUCUAAGACCUUGCACACAACAGAUAUUAAAAUAAAGAGUCAGGGCUACCAACAAAUGAUCUGGUAAGACACUGCAAGCCAGAUAUUCAUGAGAUGGCCAAGCUCUGUCGGCCUCUACCCAUAUUCCUCUUCCUAUGCUGUAUUGCUUCUCUCAUUUUUUCAUCACAUGCAGGAAACCUUAGCUUUACGUUCCCUCCUUGGACAGAUAUAGAAACCGAAAAUAAUGCAAAUAUCAGUUCUUCACCUGAAGGAGACAAGCUUCAGCUCACAUUAAAUCAAUCAUCCGUGGGCUUCGGCUGGGCUGUUUAUAAUAAGCCUAUUCCGCUAUGGGACAGCUCCUCUCAAGCUCUCGCGAAUUUCUCCACCUAUUUCCAAUUCGUUAUUGAGCCGUUGAAUGGCAAUCCAAACCUUGGUGGGGACGGAUUUGCUUUCUUCUUGACGCGUUUCGACGUGGAGCAACCAGAGAACCCUAGUGGCCUAGGUUUCGGCUUAUUUAACGACACAGGUUACACUGGAUCAUCCUAUCCGAUGGUUGCUGUGGAGUUUGACACUUACAAGAAUGGAAUGGAUCCUGAUGACAGUCAUGUGGGGAUCGACACCAACAGUAUUUGGUCCAGGGAACGUGUUUCACUGAACGGCUCCAAUGAAAGCUACAGCCUUUGUGAUAAGAUUCUCAAGAAUGAAAGGCAAUGGCAUGCGUGGGUGGAUUAUGAUGGGGGAGCAAAUAUGCUUCAAGUGUUUCUCUUCUGUAAUCCCAAUACUACUAGUGUUUCUAAACCUCUAAUCCCAAUCUUAUUUUACUCUAUAGAUCUGCGCAGCUUUCUACCAGAAAACAUCAAGGUUGGCCUCUCGGCUUCCACUGGACACUCAAAAGAGACACACACUAUAAACGCUUGGAAUUUUUCUUGUGAGUAUUCGUGGGAAAUCUCAGCCGCACCUCCUCCAAAUGACACUUCCGAUAGACAGAACCCUUCAGAGGACAAGAACAACAACAACUCUGUCAAAGUUAUUUUAUUAGCUGUGUUCGGCAGCGUUUUGGCUUUGUGCGUUUUCAUGUUCGUUGGCUGGCGUUGGAAGUUCAAUAAAAGCAUACGGCUUGGUGAGGAAAGUGAAGAAAGCGAUGUGGAGUUGGACGAAUGGUUUUCUCAGGGCCCCCGAAGAUUCUCCUACGCCGAGCUCUGUGCUGCCACAAAAAACUUCAGCGAAGAUGAAAAGCUUGGGCAAGGCGGCUUCGGUGGCGUCUACAAAGGCAUCCUGCCCGGCACGACAGAGACGGUGGCUGUGAAGAGAAUAUCCCAAGGCUCCAGGCAAGGAAGAAAGGAGUACGUCUCGGAGGUUACCAUAAUCAGUAAACUCAGACACCGUAACCUUGUACAGCUUUUGGGAUGGUGCCAUCAAAAGGGGGAGUUACUUCUAGUCUACGAAUACCUCCCAAACGGGAGUCUGGAUAAAUAUAUUUUUGGGGAGGAGGAGGACGCUCUGGAUUGGAACCGAAGAUAUAGUAUUGCAUGCGACAUAGCAUCUGCUCUUGUUUAUCUCCAUGAAGAUUGGGAUCAACGCGUUGUUCACCGAGACAUCAAGGCCAGCAACGUAAUGUUAGAUUCCAAUUUCAAUGCCAAGCUGGGGGAUUUUGGUUUGGCAAGAGUGGUAGAGCGUGAUCAGACGGGCUCCCAUACGACCGUGGUGGCCGGUACGCCAGGGUAUUUAGCUCCCGAGUGCUACAUAACGGGGAAGUCCAGUCCAGAAUCGGACGUGUACAGCUUUGGGGCAGUUGCACUGGAAAUUGCCUGCGGAAGGCGGCCCGUUGACCGUACACUUAAUGAACAUAAUGGCAGAUUGGUUGAAUGGGUUUGGGAUUUGUAUGGACGGGGAAAGCUUUCAGAUGCCGCGGAUGGAAAACUUAGAGGAGAUUGCAAUGCUGAGGAAAUGGGGCUGCUGAUGUUGGUGGGGCUGCUGUGUUCUAAUCCAAACCCCACAUCAAGACUUACAAUGAGAGAGGUGUUAAAGAUAUUGAGAAGGGAAGCACAAUUGCCAGAUGUUCCUCUGGAUUUGCCGGUUGCUGUGUACAAUAAUCAGCCUCUUCGUCUUGGUGUGACGUCGGUCGGACUUAGCUCCUCCGUUGUGAGUGAAGUGUCCACGUCCUCAAUGAAUGCGUCUGCUUUCUCAUCAUCUACGGCUUCAAGUGGCCCAGUCAAAAUGUCCAGCCCUCUAUUGUUCAACACAGGACUUUACUAGCUUAAAGUCUUUAGGCUUCUUAGUGAACAAUAUCAAUGUCUAGAGUUUAUGGAUUUAAUAGGACUCUCCUCAAUUUUGUAGGGGUUACUAUAAAUCGAAUAUUAUUAGAAUUCUCUAAGAUAUAAGUUGAGGUU